CAUUUUGUUAAUACCAUAGAAUUAGGUGUGGAGUUGACAAAACAAAACCAUUCAAACAACUUUAUGUGUUACAAGUAGACUAACCUCAUACAAAAGUCCGAUUCUUUAGCUCCCCUUCUUUCUCUCUUUCAUUUCCCUAACAAGACCAAAACAAUUCAAGUGCAUGGAAAAACAACAGAAAUGGACUUUUGGAACAUGGAUACAAAGCAAGUUCCAUUCUUUAUUAGGCAUUUCUCUCAUGGCCUUGCUCCUCGGUUCUGUUUUUCUGUCAAGAGAUUCAACAUACCAAGGUGAAGAUUUGCAAAUAAAAAAGAAGUCGUCUGCACGAUGCAAUUUGCUAUCUGGAAAAUGGGUUUAUGAUCCCAAGUCUUUUCCUCUGUAUAGAGAAGAAGAAUGUUCAUUCAUGAUUGAUGAUUAUUCUUGUCACAAAUAUGGGAGAAAAGAUUCCAAGUAUCAGCACUGGAAGUGGCAGCCUCAUGAUUGUGAUCUUCCCAGGUUCAAUGGCACAACACUUCUGGAGAAACUAAGAGGAAAAAGAGUCAUUUUCGUCGGGGACUCGGUAAACAAGAAUCAAUGGAUAUCACUUCUCUGCCUGCUUGAAACAUCUGUGCCUGCAUCAGAAAGACUCAAACAGUGGCAUGGCUCCUUGAUGACCUUUAGGUCAUCUGUAUAUGAUGUUUCUAUUGAUUUUUACUGGGAACCAAUGUUAGUCGAGUCGAAUUGCGAUGAUCCAAUCGACCAUCAUGUAAUGGAAAGAGUUAUCAAAGUCCAGAGAAUUGAAAGCCAUGCAAUACAUUGGAAAGAUGCAGACAUGCUCAUCUUCAAUUCUUUCAUGUGGUGGCUGUCUCCAACAACAACUGUUUUGUGGGAAUCAUCCAAAGACUCGCUAGAUAUAUACAAAGAAGUUGGGAGAGCGCGUCGCUAUGAAAUGGCCUUAAAAACAUGGACAGACUGGAUGAAUUUGCAUAUCAACCGUACCAAAACAGAGUUGUUCUUCAUGAGCCUCUCCCCUUACCAUCAAGUGGGCAGGGACUGGGGAAAGGGUGAAAAUACAAAUUGCUACAACGAAACUGAGCCGAUACAGGAUGAGGGAUUUUGGGGGAGUGGAUCAGAGCGACCAAUGAUGGAAGUAGCUGAAAAUGCAGUCCAGCAGCUAAAAAACCAUGGAUUGAAGGUACAAUAUGUAAAUAUAACCGAGUUAUCGGAUAAACGAAGAGAAGGCCAUCCCAGCAUUUACAGAAAGCACUGGAAGCCCCCAACUGAAGAGGAGUUGGCGAAUCCGAUUCUAUAUUCAGACUGUGUACACUGGUGUCUUCCAGGAGUGCCUGAUGUUUGGAAUCAUCUCCUUUAUGCAUACAUUUUAAACUACUUUUGAACAUACAAAACGUUCAUUAGCUUGUACAAUUCCAUUUAAUUAGUUGUUUACAAAAGAUCAAAAUCGUUAGCACAAAUUAUUAACAUCAUCUUCUGUGUCUCAAUGAAAAUUUAGAGUAAGGUCCCGUAUUUUUUUCGA